AUGCUGAUAAGAAAAAUAAAACCCUUUCCACGGAGAGCAAGUAUCUUAAGAGCUAUUUUGCAGGAAUACAAAAUAGCUAAAACAGAGGGGGCUUCUGCAAGGUGGAAUGCACUUAAUUUGCAGCUGGAGACGGAACACAGCGAGGAGCGCCCAACUUUUUGCAACAUCUGUCUCUGCGGUCAGGGUCAUUCCACACACCCCGGGCCAGAGGCAAAGCUUCGCUGCUUUAUUUUGCUUUUUCGCUCUUUCGCUCGCCCGGACGCGCCCAUCCACAGACGCCGUUCGCAGAAGCUCCGCUGCAGCCGCUUUGCGUGGCGUCGCUUUCCCCUGCCGGCCGUCUCUGUCCCGCCGCCAGGUGGCUGCUGUGGCAACCGAGACGCGUUCCACGGCCGGCCAAAGUCGCCUCCGCCGGAGAGCGAAGGGCACCGCCGGGCUCCGGGCCGCUUCCACCUCGAUCAGGCAGGCUCCGGGGCGGGAGGAAGGGAGCAGCGGCGCGCGCGGCCCGGAAAAUAUGGAAGACAUUUUGUAAAACCAAGGGGUCUGGUAGAAUUCUUCUGUGAUGAGAAAGAAGAAGAAAGGACUAAUGCAGCAUAUACCAUUCAAAGAAUCUGGAAAAGAUGGCUGGACAUUGGUGUGUUUGAAUACUACAAAGAGCUUAUAGGCUUUAAACAAUAUGGGGAACCUUCCCAUCUUAUGAAGUACAUUGAGCCUAGAGAGGCAGAAUUGUUAGAUGCUGCAGCAGGAGUCCAUAUCAAAUUCAGACUAGGUGGGGAAAAGUUUCCUCCAAGCAUAUAUUAUAAAAUAUUUACUCACAGACCUAUUGUGGAUAUGUGUGCAAAUAGUCCCAAAGACUACACGAAGAUUGCAACCAAACCAAGUGCAAGAAAGCUGCAGAAAGAGAGCUUCAAUGAAAGUAGUAGUGACUGGUAUAAACGCAUCGAGAAUAAUGGCUGGAGACUUCUUUCCAUUAGAUAUUGGAAAGGUCUGGACUCUCUAACAAUGAAAGACAAUACCAAAACACAGGAAUUCCAUCAUUCUACUCUGCAGAGGAAACGAGACAUGGAAAAGAGGAAAAAGAGGAGAAAAAUUGAAUGGCUGAAAAAAAUGUACUUUGGAGAAAAUCUGCAAGCUAAAACUGAGAAUCCCAGGGCAACCGUUUUAAUUCAGAGAGCAACAGAAGGGUUAAUCAGCUCCCUGGAGAAGGAAGGGAUAGACGAAGUGAUGGAAUGGGAAGUAGAUGAAAUGUUGAAGUGGACAAAUGCAUUGAAUUAUGAAGAAUAUAUUCAACUAUGGAAGGAAAUUGGAACAAGCAAGUCUUCAGAAAGUUUUAAAGGUUUCUGGUUUACUCAACGCUACAAUGUUCCUGAAUUGAUACCAGAUAGGAUCCAAGAACUAGUGCAGUCUCAGAUGAAUGUAGACUAAAAGAGAGAUCUACUAUCAACUCACUUUAAUAGUUUCAGAUGAAAAAAUAACACAUCUGACAACUGGACAUUCAUCAGUCACAACAGCAUCAACAUAAAGCUUCAGGAGACAAAAAGGAAAACCAGAUAUAGAAAGAUGGAAUCUACUUGUGGGCCAUAACACAUUAACAUAAAAUAUAAUCAACCUAAAGAAGUUUGAAAACAAAUUUGUUUAAAGUUUCCUAGUGAACUUAAUUA